GCUGCAGCCUUCGGGUCUCCUGUCUUUAUGCUGGGAGGAUACGCUGGUAGUCAAGUCAAUGAAACAGCAGUGACGUAUGAGAAAGGGAAAACGAUAGUGUGUUUGGGAAAUCAGACACAAAGUACUCAAAAGAUGGAGCGUGAACUCUGACGGAGACGCACAGAUUUUCACUGAGGACUUAAACUCACCUGACUGAACUGUGACUCGGACAUAGGGAAACCUGGAAACAGAACCAGAAGACAUUUCCAAGAGCGAUUGAGAUUAACCUCUUCCAAAGCCCAGCCAGGCCAUGCUCACGCCAUGACCACUACAAUGGUUCAGUCUGUAAUGUGGACAGUCCUGAUGCAUAUUUUCCUGGUGUCCCAUGGUGCUCAGUGUUUGUGGCCAGAGGAGGGAGCCUCUCUCCAUUCAGGUGCCUUGGACCUCCCAUGGCAGGAUGAGCUGUGCUGUGACUCACCUUCAGCCCACCUCACUGCGGAGGGAGAUGAUACGCACGCAAACCGUUCUGAAUCAAACCUCCCACACUAUAACCGCUGCAACUUCAGGGGCUCGAAAACCGGAUCACAUCCUCAUGAGCCCUCUGCCGGCACCUGUUUGGACAUACUGUGCAGAAUUGAUGAAAACUGGGAAAAUUUCACUUGUGACGUUCAGUCUCAUGGUCCACCAUCAACCACACUGAAUGCUGGUCUUAUUGCAGUUCGCUUACUGCGUCUGUUGUCCCACAAAGAAGACACAGAGGUGAACGAUGGAAAUACUGCAUCUGAUAAUCCUGUUGUCUGUGAAGCGGUGGAUUCCUUCACGUGUUCAGUCGCUCUUGACGCUACAUCAUCCUUUGUCACCUUGGUAACUGUCAGCAUCUCCAACGCUGUAGCUCCGCCAGUCCUGCUCAGAAUUCCUGCCCGACCUGUGAAACCAAGUCCUCCAGUAAACCUGUCACACAUCCAGACCAUUGAGGCUGAGCUGAUUUUACACUGGGACGACCCAUUUGACUUUGAUACUGGCCCGCUGAGAUAUGAGGUCCGAUACUCCUCCAACACCACUCAUCCAGCCUGGCAGGUAGUUUCUGCACCUGGAGAGCCCAGGUUGUCUCUGGAUCUGAAGCCCAGAUUGAACUACACCAUCCAGGUUCGUGCCUCCAGCCUGAACAAGCCUUCAGUGUGGAGCGACUGGAGUGAACCUCACCACAUCUACCUGGACACGGUGAGCUACAUCCCUGAGAAAGUGGUGGCACGACCGGGAGAGAAUGUAACCGUGUACUGUGUGUUCAACGAUCACAACAUCAACGCCAGCACAGCCAUGUGGAUGCUCAACUUCCAACAGCGGCUUCAUCACAGCCAGUACCACCCAGUCAACCAAUGGGUCAGCCAGAUCACAGUGCGUCCCUCAGAGACUCGGAUGUAUGACCUACUGCAGUGCACUCAGGAGUGGACCAUCCCAUACAGCCAGAUCUAUGUAGAAGGAGCUUCCAUCGAUAUAAACUGCGAAACUAACGGUGAUAUCGACGCUAUGGACUGUAGCUGGAAGAACACACAGUGGACUAAACCCAAAUUCAGAUCCAGGUGGGCUGACCUGCCGUGUGAUGUGAUGGAGGAGAGGGAGAGAGCGGGUGAGAGAGUGGGGGAGAUGGGGCCUUGCCUACAGGUGCCAUCCAGGCUGAAGACCUGCACUAUUCAGCCUCUGAGGAUGAACUGCUACAAGCUGUGGUUAGAAGUACCAUCCCGACUGGGCCCUAUCAGGUCUAAACCCAUCUACCUGUCGCCUAUAGAUCAUGUGAAACCCCACACACCCACUAACGUGAAGGCAGUGAGCCGAAGCAGUGGGGUCCUGAUGGUCACAUGGGAGCCUCCGUCCCUGCCAGUCGAGGGGCUCCAGUGUCAGUUUCGGUACCUCUCAGCAUCUGCUGUGAGAGCCCAGCCAGAGUGGAAGGUGCAGAGUCCAGUGCGGGUGCCAUGGGCAGAGGUCGCAGUGUCGGACAUGUGCCGGAUGUAUGUGGUACAAGUACGCUGCAUGCACACCAACGGCACCGGCUACUGGAGCGAAUGGAGCGAAUCGGUCUACUCCACACCUCAGAACAGCAGAGCUCCAGAGCGUGGUCCAGAUUUCUGGAGAAUUCUUCAAGAUGAUCCAUUCAGAAACCAGACUAAUGUCACUCUUUUAUUUGAGCAUCUCCAAAUAUCAGGGCACUCUUACUGUGUGGAUGGAUUUAUAGUCCAUCGCCAGGCCUUGAGUGGCUCAGUGACGAGGGAGAAGAUCGAGCUGGUGUCUUCUUACAGCUUUGAGUGGAACCAGCUGCUCCAAACUGUGACUGUGGAGGCCUACAAUAGUCUGGGCAGCUCUACUAACAACAUCAACAUGACGCUGGAGAGACAGCCCAAACGCCGCUCUGUGCGUUCAUUCAGUGUGUUGGCUAUCAACAGCACAUGUGUCUCCCUGUCCUGGAGUCUGUUGGACAACAGCUCUGUGCCUCUGUCCAUGGUGGUCCAGUGGUCUCCACAGAGGCAACAGGACUCUGAUCAUCAACAAGGCCAGAGUGGAGAAACAUGGGCCAGGCUGCCUUACACUGACCGUCCCAUCUAUCUAAGAGGUGAUUUCUUUGGCUCUGAGGAGUGUGGCUUCUACUUGUACCCUGUGUUUGCUGAUGGAGAAGGGGAGCCAAUAUAUGCCAGAGCCACCAGAGGAGACCCUGCAGCCUACAUGCUGCUGAUGAUCAUCUCCUUCCUCUCUAUCGUCCUGUUUGUCACCCUGGUCCUCUCCCAAAACCAGAUGAAAAGGUUUGUGUGGAAGGAUGUGCCUGACCCAAACAAGUGCUCCUGGGCCAAAGGACUAGACUUCGAAAAGGCUGACACCUUUGACCACCUGUUCCGACUUCCUGAAGGCCUGCCAGCCUGGCCGCUGCUCCUACCCUCUGAGAACCUUUCCAAAGUUGUUAUAGUGAACAAGGCUGAUCUCUCAGUUCUGACUACAGCUUUAGUCCAAGACCCACUUGUGUCCCUAACUCCUGCACCAGCCACUUCCUUAUCUAGCUCCUUGCUUCCAGUGUUUGAUCCAGAGGUUGACCAAGCCCAACCAAUGGAGAGUGAGGCGCUCCUAGGUGGAACUCCUUCCUUUGUUCUGGAUGCAUUAACCAGUUCGAGUCAAAGAAUAGAUCAGUUACAGCUAGUUGACCCCCCAGCAGACCAGCCCCCAGGCAGUACUGACAGCUCCGCCCAGUCUUCAGUCACAUACGCCACUGUCCUGCUCUCUGAUCCGAAGCCAGAGCAGCAACACAUUCAUAUCAACUACAAGGAUGGUAGUGGCAGCAGCUCCAGUGAUGAAGGCAAUUUCUCUGCCAACAACUCAGACAUUUCUGGAUCUUUCCCCGGUGGCCUGUGGGAGCUUGACGACCCGCGGCGCUCCUGCUCCUACAACUCGGUGGAGGAACUUUCUGAAACAUCAGAGCAUGAAGACAAAGAGGAGGAGGUGAGAGAAGAGAAGAACUUGUAUUAUCUAGGAAUGGACUAUCCAGUGGAGGAUGAGGAAAGCGAGGAAGACGAGGAGCAGAGAGAAGAGGAGACAAAAAUUGAGCUGCUUAAAAAUGUAGUUUUUAACAGAGAGGACUGUUCCGUGGAGUCGCACCCUUUGCUUGGCCCUGAGGACACGAGUGAGCUGUUGUCAGCGGCAACGCAUGGCUUUUCUCCGCAAUAUCUGCCUCAGUUCAGAACUGCUCAGUGCACGAGGCAACUCACAACAGAGUCACCUGUCAGCCGUGACUUUCACACAGACUGAAAUGAGAAAUUAAAUUAAAAUGUGCACUGUUGUGUUGUGGACUAUGAGUCAAUGUUUACCAAAGCAGAUUUGCAUAUGUUCCUUCAGACAUAGUGUGGAGUUGGAAAAAGUACCUUGACCCAUGUAUGAUUGCAAAUUGAUAUUGAUCAAUGCUGCUAUUGUGUUCUGUGGGAAAAGAUGCCAGGGGCACAAGCUUUGUUUAUAGGGAUUUCUUUCUUUAUGGGGCUUUAAAACCCAGUCUGUGCCACACUGCACCUCUGCAGUCCGUUACGUUAUGGUAAUGCUGUGUGUGCCUACAUUCACUCAUUUGCUCCCACCAUAAUGUAGAAAACAAGUUGUCUUUCAUUCUAUUUUGAAUUGUUUCAGCUACAUUUUUUGUGAGACAUGAAAGAGGUUCAAAGAGAAUAAAUAAAACAGAAAGCGAGAGAGAAAAUGUGCACAGUUUUGGUUUCCCCAGAGCAUGUUAGACUGUGAAGUGAAGGCAAAUCUUGGAUGUCCCUUCAAAACUACUGGUGUGACUAAGUUAAACCAGUUAAUGGGGAAAGCAGAUGUACUCUGCCAACUACAUCUGCUUUCAUCAUUAUCUGGUCUAUAGUAAUGGCAGAUGAUUUUUGGACAGAGAAUUUACUGAAUUUGUAGGCAGCUUGUGCAACAACAUCUGCAUGGACUAACUCAUCCACCAGCCCAAAAAGAAUGUCUUUUUGUGCUUGGUGCUAUAAUGUAUUUGAGACUCUGUUGCAGUUUUUGAGAAAUUUUAUAUCUGUCUUCUGUGUGUGGCCAUUAACAUGAACACCUGCUGUCUGGUGUAAAUUACAGACAAAUGAAUGUAUAUUUGAAACCAGAGGAAGACAGAAAUUGAAUGUUAUGUAAACAUUGAAACUUGGUUGACAGAAAUUGUUGUGUAUAUUGAGAUAUAUUGUCUAUUUUUCAUGGUGAAAAUAAAGUGUUUAUUGUGAGUGUG